GCAUGCAUCUUACAUACAAAGCUGCUCUUCUUGUUUACUGUCCACUCCUCACUGGCUCACUCUAUAUUCAUCAAUGGCGGCGGCAACAUUCUCGUCUCUCCACCACAACAUCUCUAUCUCAUCUUCCCCAAACAAACCUCACCACUCUCUCACUUCCCCGAAUCUCAUUAAGUUCCCCUCCUCACAAAGCAUAAACCGCUCAUCUUUAAUCUCCAAACCCACACUCUCCCCUAUCCCCACGCGCACACGCGCCGCUGCCGAUGACUUCACCGCACCAGCAACAGCUUUCCACGGCGUGUGCUACGUCGUCGGCGACAACAUCGACACCGACCAAAUCAUCCCCGCCGAAUAUCUAACCCUAGUCCCCUCAAACCCCGACGAGUACAAAAGGCUCGGAUCUUUCGCCUUAAUCGGACUCCCUAUGGCAGCCUACCCGACCCGGUUCAUGUCCCCUGGCGAAUUCACCUCGCAAUACUCGAUUCUCAUCGGCGGCGAUAAUUUCGGGUGCGGAUCGUCGCGUGAGCACGCGCCGGUGGCGUUAGGAGCGGCAGGAGUGAAGGCGGUGGUGGCGGAGUCGUACGCGAGGAUAUUUUUUAGGAACUCGGUGUCUACCGGAGAGGUUUAUCCGUUGGAAUCGGAGAAGAGGUUAUGUGAAGAGUGUAAGACAGGAGAUGUGAUUACAAUUGAGCUAGGUGAGAGUUUGUUGAUUAAUCAUACGAGUGGAAAGGAGUAUAAGUUGAAGCCGGUUGGGGACGUUGGACCGGUUAUUGAAGCCGGUGGCAUUUUUGCCUAUGCGCGAAAAGCUGGGAUGAUUCCUUCGCGAGCUGUUUAGAAAUUCAGGUCGAUACAAUUUCACAUAGAGAUAAUUGCUUAGCUUGGUUCAAGAAUCACGGAAUCUUGAGAAACAGUGCCUUGCAAGAGCAAUAAAUUCAUUCUUUCAACUGCAGGUCUUACCUUACAAGCAAAACAGGACCAUUGUUUUUCGAGACCAAGAAGAGCGAGUACAGUUCAUAAAGAUUUUGGAGCAUUUAUCUAACCUCAGUUUGUGCGUAAUUAUUUACUGUAAUACGUUGUAGAAAUGCAAUAUGCACUGCAACUCCAUUAUUUGUUAAAAUAUGUAUUCCAAACUCUGAAAGUCACUGUAUUAAUGAAAAGUUUUGAUGAAAAGUUCAAAUUUGCCUGCA